AGACUGGAUGUCCUAGGCUUCAUGUACCACCAAGUGUCCAACUGGCAUGUAAACAGCAUGGACUGACGGAGAUGUGCGUAGCAACAUGUAAAGAUAACUCAGUGUUUUUACAACAACAAGUUGAUCAAUAUACAUGUACAGGAAAUGGAACUUGGACUCCAUCAGACUUUAUACCAGACUGUGUCCUCGAUGGCUACAGUGAAUGUCCUAUAUGGAAAUACAAUGUUACCUGGACUCUAGUGCCUGAUGAAUGUGUGGGUAUACAGUGUGAUUGUGAAUUUACCUCACCUGUGGAAGAUGCACUCAACAAAAAACUAGCAAACAACACUGCUAAAGUUUCUGUGAUUAAAACUGUGUCCAGUAAUGUUAAUGGAGAGGUUGGUAUUGCGUUUGAAUCUGUCUGUUCUACCUUUUUAUGCCACCUGUAAAAAUUCUUUUGAGAGCACAUUAGUGCCCAAUUGUCCUUCAAACUUUCCAUCUGUCACACUCUUUCAUGAU